GGGGUUUGCUCGUGAUUGGAUCGCUACAAAAUUCAUCCGGCUUCCUCACUCUUGCAGUAUGGAAGACAACGACAAACUCAAAUUAUCAUUUGCAGCAUAAGCCAAAACCCCAUUAAUGAUUUCUAGCUGAUUUUCAGCCUGAUUCCCCGGUUCGCUCUCCAUUCCCAGUUCUUCUAGGUCUGUAGAAAAUGUCCAGGCCUCUGCAUCGGGGUGCAUCUGGGUUACGGAUCUCUGGUCACAACCAUGAUUUUUGGGAUUCUCAUACAAAUGAUAGAACAGAAAAGGAGGAUUCAGAUAGAAACCGAUCGUCUGAACAGAAUUAUUUAGUACCCAGGUCUCCUUUUCGGUUUCUUUUCAUGGAUAACUCUAAUUCCAAACAUGGUUUCACUGAGAAUGGUUUUGGAUCUGAUCACUUCAGUAUUGGAACUCCAAGAAGCCGGCAUAAAUUGGCACUUUUGUUUUUGAAGUUAAGUUUAGUUCUGAUUGUUAUUGUUGCUCUUACUGGAUCCUUUUGGUGGACCAUCUCCAUUUCUACAUCGUCCAGAGGUCACAUAUUUCAUGGAUACAGGCGACUUCAAGAGCAACUCGUGUCUGACUUGUGGGAAAUAGGAGAGCUUUCCCUUGGUCCUUCAAGGUUGAAAGAACUGGAGUUUUGUCCUGAGGAAUAUGAAUAUUUUGUUCCCUGCUUUAAUGUUACAGAGAAUCUUGCUGCUGGGUUUUCUGAUGGUAAUGAGUAUGAUAGAAAUUGUGAAAAUGGGCCAAGGCAAAAUUGUUUAGUUCUUCCACCUGUGAACUAUAAAAUUCCUCUUAGGUGGCCAACUGGGAGAGACAUCAUCUGGUUUGCAAAUGUUAAAAUUUCUGCUGAGGAGGUACUGUCUUCAGGCAGUUUGACCAAGAGGAUGAUGAAGGAGGAAGAUAAGAUUUCCUUUCGUUCAGCCUCUCUCAUGUUUGACAGUAUGGAAGACUACUCGCAUCAAAUUGCAGAAAUGAUUGGAUUGAGAAAUGAAUCUAACUUCAUACAAGUUGGUGUCAGAACCAUCUUGGAUAUUGGAUGCGGUUAUGGUAGCUAUGGAGCUCAUCUAUUUUCCAAACAACUCUUAACUAUGUGCAUUGCAAACUAUGAGUCCUCAGGCAGUCAAGUUCAACUAACGCUUGAAAGAGGCCUUCCUGCAAUGCUUGGUUCUUUCAUGUCAAAACAACUGCCAUAUCCUUCUCUUUCAUUUGACAUGUUGCAUUGUGCUAGGUGUGGUGUUGAUUGGGACAAAAAAGAUGGCAUUCUCUUAAUUGAAGCCGAUAGAGUUCUGAAGCCUGGUGGAUACUUUGUAUGGACUUCACCACUAAUUAAAGUUCAGACAUUAAAUCGUAACAAGGAGAAUCAGAAAAGGUGGAACUUUGUUCAUGAUUUUGCAGAGAAUCUCUGCUGGGAGAUGUUAUCUCAGCAGGAUGAAACUGUUGUGUGGAAAAAGACAAGCAAAGCAAGUUGCUAUGGUUCCCGGAAGAGUUCAGGUCCUUCUAUUUGCAGUAAAGGGCAUGAUGUUGAAUCUCCAUAUUAUCAACCUCUUCAAAACUGUAUAGGAGGAACACAUAGCCGUCGAUGGAUUUCUAUUGAAGCUAGAAAAACUUGGCCUUCUAGGUCUAGUUUAAACAAGAAUGAACUGGCAGUAUAUGGUCUGCACCCAGAAGAAUUUAUUGAGGACAGUGAAAACCGGAAAGCAGCUGUUCGUAAUUAUUGGUCUCUCCUAUCACCAUUAAUAUUCUCAGAUCAUCCAAAAAGACCCGGUGAUGAGGAUCCUUCACCACCUUAUAACAUGCUCAGAAAUGUGCUUGACAUGAAUGCUCACUUUGGUGGUUUCAAUUCUGCCUUACUGGAAGAUGGGAAGUCCCUGUGGGUCAUGAAUGUUGUCCCAACAAGUGGACCCAACUACCUACCCUUAAUUCUUGACAGGGGCUAUGUUGGUGUAUUGCAUGAUUGGUGUGAACCCUUUCCAACAUAUCCUAGAACCUAUGAUCUGGUGCAUGCAGAAGGGCUUCUAUCCCUUGAGGCAGGUCAACGUCGCUGGUGCUCUCUGCUUGAUUUAUUCACUGAGAUAGAUCGUUUACUUCGUCCAGAGGGUUGGGUAAUAAUCCGGGACACAGCACAACAUGUUGAAUCAGCAAGAGCUCUAACUACACGGCUGAAGUGGGAUGCACGAGUCAUAGAAGUUGAUAGUAGCAGUGACGAGAGACUCCUCGUCUGUCAGAAACCUUUCUUUAAGAGACAAGCAAGCUAGUCAAAUGAUAUGUAAAAGUAAACAUCAAGAAGUUUUACGCCAUGGUAUUCAAAUUCAUUUUUGUGGGUGUUAAGUAUUCAUCAUAAAGCUCCACCACAGAAGGUGGGGGGGUGGGGGGAUAUUAUAUCAGAUAUUUUGAACACAAAGAAGAAAGCAUCAAAAGAGAGGAGAGAGUAGAAAGUAGAAAGAAUGAAUUAGUCUUUGUGGCACCAACCACAACUCCUAUGUUAGCCGUAAGGCGUACAUAGGGCCAUGUAAUUACUUCAAUUUGAGGAGUAUAGGAUUAGAUUUACAUUUUUCAUGUCAUGUUCAAUUAUAACUAUACAACCCUACAUCAUUAAGAUUGUGAAAGAUGAUUACAGAAUAAGCAAGGGCUACUAGUUGUUGUGUAGAUGUUGUGGCAUUCAGGCAUUGCAUUUAUGAAUGAUGAAAAAAAAUUUAUUUUCAUC